GAAUUCGUCCGCGAUGGCCGCCCUGCUGCUUCUGUUCCCGUCACUGCUGCUUGCGGUGGCGCCCGCCGCCGGUCAACUGCGCCGUAUGGAGAUAAUCCCGGACCCGCCUCCAUUCGUGCCGGAGGCUCCACCGAUGCUCAUGAACAUGGUCGACAUGAUGGAGCGCGUGAUGAACGAGCUCGUGCCUCAGCCUAUCAUGCCGAUGGUUGCCGGGCCGGUCCCCGGUCCCAUGGUCCCCGGUCCCAUGGUCUCCGGUCCGAUAGUCCCCGGCCCCAUGAUCCCUGAUCCAGUGGUUGCUGGCGCCGAGGCGGCCAGCAAUGAGAGCCGUAACGAGUCCGCCGAGGCACCGCGAGUCGACGUGGCCAUCGACAUCAAACUGGUGCCGUUGGGCGUGCCGGGUUCGCCCAUGGGCGGCAUCAUCCUGCCGCUCCCGCGAUUUGUCCAGGAGCCCGUCUCUUCGGCCUCCAAACGAGAAGGCACCCUGAGAAAGAGGCACAAUGCGACGACAUCUUCGGUUGUACACGUCGACCCCGGACACAAAAAGGUGGCCGUCCUCGAGGUGACCAGAACGAACAGCUCCCGGCCCGUGCUACAACCCGUCGCCCCCAGCGAGGUCAAGAGGAAGAAAGAACACGAGAGCAGACCGUCAACAUCCUCGCCUUCUAGCUCAGCAGCUCCUGAGCUUCCGUCUUCGCCAAAACCAGCGGAACGCGUACGGUCACCGGCAGAGUCCGCUGAACAGCAGCUGCAAGGCAAGGGCGCGCAGGCGGUGGUCGGUCCACCUGAUUCUUCAGUGGCGUCCAGCCGGAGGUCGCCGAUCGUCGCUAAGGUGUCGUCGGCCGUGGGCGGAGUGGCGACAGAUGGCACCAACAAGACGGACCCGACAUCCUCGUCAACGGAGACCGGGAUAGCGGCUACCUGCUACGCCCUCUUCCUACGACACGGCCUUCUGCUUCUGGUGCUGGCCGUCAUAUGCGGCAUCUCAUGCCUCCUGGGAGCGCUGCUGCCAAUCUUCUGCAGACGGCGACGAGCACAGGUGUCCCAGUACCCACCCAAGCGCCGGUUCGUCCCAGCGAGGAUCUUUGCAGACCCGCAGAUGAUGCGCAUGUUUCGCCGGCGAGAGCACAUGGUGGCAUGAAGCGAUCGACGCGCUGCUUCGACGCCCG